AUGUCGCUGUUGUUGACUGAGGCUGAUUUUGGGGUGAGCCAAAGCAUCAGAGUUAAAGGAGACACUAUCUGUGUGGUGCCCGACCUCACCUCUGAUCUCCUGGAGGAUGACUUUGACCUGAAUAAGUCCUACCCAUGUACCCAGAGACCGGUGUACAAGAAGAGCCGUCAGGCAUUACAACGUCGUUAUCAUCUUGGUUCCUUGAGCGGUGAAAAUUUUGAUAUUUGCACUUCUGUUGCAACAAGAAACCUCCAAAUCUCUAGCUUGCAUCCUGGCUCCCAGGUUUCUGCUGUCUCCCUGCCACACCCGCCCACUAUGUCAGAGACAGAAGAAAGCUUGUUCAGUCAACUAAUCUCUGGAGAUUUUGGCCUGUCUGGAUCUCCAUCUGCCUUCAACCCAAACAAAGUCAUUCUUACAGUCGACCAUAAAACCAGAGAGAUUUUGGCAGCAAACGAACAGGCCUUCAAACUGUUUGAGUGCACCACCGAGGAGCUGAUUGGAAAAAAGCUGUCCUGUUUCUUGAAUAAAACCAGUCAGGUCCUGGAAGAAGCAUUGGAAGAAAAUUUUCCACUAGUGGAUGGAACUGUUGUGGCUGUGUCUGGAAAAGUGGUGGAUGUUGUGACAUUAUCUGGAGAGGUGCCUGUGUCAGUAUGUACCUACAGACAGUCACAAAAUGAAGAGCACUGGCUUGUCAUGAUGGAAAAUGUUGAAAGGGUAUCAGCCAGUCUGUCCUUUUCACAAGACGGCAGUAUCCUAACCUGUGACGUGGCGUUUGCCCAUCUCCAUGGAUACCACCAUCCUGACGAGUUAAAAGGGGUGUCUGUGAAGGAGCUAAUCCCCUCUUUACAAAUCCCCCUGCACAGUAAUGCGUUGCCCAAAAUGCUGAGGGUUCAGAGAGUGUGUGGUAAAAGCAGAGGGGGUGCAUCAGUACCGCUGUGUGUCAAACUUCAGGGGGCAGUGGUGUGUGGGAGGCCCCAACACCAAAGCGAUGGAACUGAUUGCACCUGCCCAUCAGAUAGUCUUGAAAGAUCAGAUCCACAAGACAGUCAGCCGUGCUCUCCUAACACCUCCUCUUUAUACAAGUCUGAAGCCUCAAACCCUGGAGAGCCAUCCUCUGGAGUGACAGUGGACAGCAUCGUCCUCUCCCCCAGCCCUGCACUGGAGUACUCUGGAACAGUUUGGGUGUUUGCUCCUCUGAGCGGUCUCCUGCUGCUCCACCCCGACGGCUCCAUCUACAGCAUCCACAACCACCUGGCCCUCAGUCUGUUUGGCUACAACAGGGACGAGCUUUUGAGAAAGAGUGUCACUUUUCUGAUGCCCGGUUUCUAUGGAUGGAUGUCUGACUCGGACAGAAAGGCCAGCCCCUACUCUGAUUCUCAAGCAGAGGUUAAUAAAAGUACAGCCUCAUCCAAAAUAUCAGGGAAAUCCGACCCUUCCUCACUGAUGGCUGGUGAUAUGGCCAUGGUGCACCAGGCUGCCCUGGGAAGAACCUCCACAGGAAGAGGCAGGAUCUUCACUGGAACCUGCACCAGGCUGGAGAAACCGGGCAGCGGUUUGUCUACCCUUUCUGCUCCUGCUGUCACCUCCACAAGAGUGGUUAUGGCUGAUGACACUACAGAGCUGAUGGAGGAGGCAGCCCAGGUUGCUCUUUGCAUUAGCCAGCUAGACAGUGCUGAUUCCACUCAGGCACUCCUCAAGACAUUUGCCUGGGUCGAACCUCCAGAAGAAGAGACCUACUGCGUCGUUCCCACUAAACCACCACGCCAUAACAGAGAGCAGCAGCUAGGCAGUACAGUUCAUAAAAAUAAUCAACCUGCCAUCAAGAUUAUUCCAGACAUUCCCAUACAGAAUGGACAUGCUGCUGGCAGGGUGGGUGGCACCUCAACUGACGUAGGCAAAGACCACCGCUCAUGUGCCUCUGUCCUCCAAAACUCCAGCUUUGAGGUCAUCUCACUGGAGAGCAGGUCGUCCUCUGGCUUCUGUGAAAACUUUGCCGGCCAUGGUGGAUCUGAUCCAGGCCAGGCAGAGGAUUCUCGUUCAGCACACAUAGUGGACUCGGCCAGCUGCUUCCUGGACCUCAACAGCAACGGUGAUCUGGUGACCCGGGCCCUUGCCGACCUCGAUCUGAGCAGUAGUGCAGAGCUUCUCAGCUGCGGAGGGUACAAUGAUGACAACCAACACUCCAUGAUGUCCUGCGAUACAGCUGAGCUCCUGCGUACACCCUCCCCAUGCGUGGUAGAAUCUGUCCUGGAAGCUAAGUCUGUUGAGACUGGUGUAGAGGCCAGAAACGGCUCAACUGAAGAGCAAGUAGAAAACGACCAGGGCGAGCAGGAUCAGUGGGCAGCCAUCUCUUCGAUUCAUAAAGAAAAAAGCCAAGAGUUUGGUGGAAUUCAAUCAAUGACGGACAUUCCUGCCACAUCUACUCCUAAGAAACAGAAGGUGGAUGGACACACCCCGUCCUCAGACUCUACCCAGAUACUGGAGGGGCGAUACGAAGGAACCGCGUACCACAGAGAUGGCACCAGAGUAGAUGUGCAGUGUGAUGUGUGUAGAUCUAACCUCCCUGACGGAAGCUCCAUGUUCUGUGUGUGGAUGAGUAGGCCUCUAUUGCAAACAGAUAGAGCAUUGCUCAACCAAUCAGGAGCAAGUCUAGGAGAGAGGAUUGGUGAGGUGUUACGCUCCACCAUGGAUCUGGAGCAGUCUCGAGCCUGCGACGGGCAGUUUGAAGAGGAGUACCAGCCUCUUAAAGCUGUGGGUAAAGGAGCCUUUGGUUUUGUCUGGAAGGCAAUAAAGCGCUGUGAUGGAAUGGAAGUGGUGGUGAAGUUCAUUAGCAAGGCCAGGAUAGUGAGUGACUCCUGGGUAGAUGAUCCCAUGCUGGGACGGGUCAGCCAAGAGAUCGCCAUACUGACACGAGUACAGCACCACAACAUAGUCAAGGUGCUGGAGGUGUUUGAGAAUGGGAGUUACUUCCAGAUGGUGAUGGAGAAACAUGGAGAUGGCUUGGACCUUUUUGAGUUCAUAGACAUGCAGCCGAGGCUGGAUGAGCCCCUGGCCAGCUACAUCUUUAGACAGCUGGUGGCGGCUGUCUUCUAUCUGAGGUCUAAGGACAUCCUUCACAGGGACAUAAAAGAUGAGAACAUCAUCAUUGACAAAUGUUUCCACAUUCGACUGAUAGACUUCGGCUCCGCUGCCAUGAUGGCUCCCAGGAAGUUCUUUUACAAUUUCUGUGGCACACUGGAGUACUGCUCCCCGGAGGUGCUUCAGGGAAAUCCCUAUGAGGGUCCAGAGCUGGAGAUGUGGUCUCUUGGUGUGUUGCUCUACACUCUGCUAUUCAGUGAGAACCCUUUCUGUGGUGUUGAGGAGAUCCUGGAUGCCAAACUAAAGCCCCCAUUCCCCCUCUCUCCAGACCUGCAUGAUAUGUUAUGUGGGCUGCUGCACCCUGAUCCCACUCAGAGAAUGACUCUGGACGAGCUGCUGCUGCAGUCCUGGAUCAGCCAACCCAUCUCACUGGCAGAGUACAGCUGGACAGAGGUGGUCCCUCCAAAUCAGAGCUACUGCUCACCACCGCACCAGGAGCCCAGUCCUAAAGUGUUUGUCAGGCAAGGCUUAUUCCCGGAUGAACAUGAUGAGACUCUUCCUGAUGAUGAGGAGGAGGAAGAGGAAGAUGAGGAUGACAGGUUGUCAAUGGUGGCCCUGGAAACAGAGCUUCAGAAGUACCUCCAUGAAGAUUAAAGACUGAUUUUUAUUUUAUUUUUUUAUGCCAACUAUCCGUCCAACAUUUAGUGUGCAGCAGUGCAAAGAGGACAUGAAGUGCAAAAUAAGAAAAAGGAACCUUGUCUUAGUCUAAGGCCAAACACUACCAUCUAGACAGAAGUCUUUUAGAGACAAAUGGACCUUUGCCUUUUAAGUAUACACAGCUUGCUGCCAAGUGUAAUGGAUAUCAUUGUCAAGCUGUUGUUGGUCAAGAUGUGCUUGUUUGACAUAUUUGGAAUUGCUGAGUGCAACACAAAGCAAAUGCAUCAUGAUGUAGCAGUUUUUUUCCCUUUUAUAUUAUGUAUUUUAUUUAUUCUUUGGAUUUAGGGAAAAUUUGAAGCAUCAUAGUAACUGUUCACAGGGAUCCAGCUUUGCCACCAAAACCCCAGAAAAUGACCACAACCUUGAGUUGUUGACCUCGGAGAGAAACCACACAGUUUGAUUGAAGUUGAAGGGAAUUGUUUUAAUGAUCCAGCUUUUGAUUAACAAAUGUCUGUUUUAUGUUCAUGAUUUUAAUCUUGAGGUUUUAAUUAAAAAUUGUAAGUAUAUUUACAAUAUUUUAUCUAUUUAUUUUUAUACAUGAAUAAAUAUUUGUCCACAAAUGUAAUGCUCCUUUUUAUACGAUUGAGAAAUUGCCUGUUGAUCAAAACUGUAGAAAGUUUUUGUUUGUCAUGCAAACAUUGUAAAUGUAUUUGAAUUUUAUAUUCUUUAUGCAGCCAGUGAACACAGUAAAUCAUUAAAUUGCAGUGCAAUAAAA